CGAAAAUGCUUGCACCACUGUGCAGUUCACUAAAUAUUAAGGCGAGCUGUAGCAUUCCUAGUUAUUGCUACAAGAACUAAAUCAGUUUGUUAUGGCAUCUUCUAUUGCGCCAGGAGGCCGUAAAGUUGUGCAAAGCACAUCAGAAACAGUCAAUGCUCGACAAAUUAAGCGGACGGUCACGCUUCAAAACUCCAUCGAAACAGUGACACAAACGCUGCUCUCUCGAUUCCAAGACCUUAUUGACAUUGCUGGCAAUGCUGGAAAGGAAAAAAACACAAUUGCUUCAGAGGUUUAUCAGAUUGAGUGUCAUACAACUUCAUUUAUACGUGCCGUUGAGGAAUUGCUUACGAUUGCACACCGACUGAAACAGUAUUGGCUGACAGGAACAAUCAGCCAAAGCCAACCAAAGCUGCCGUCCACGGAGACUAACCUGGAACAGAUGAAAGAGUUGCUUACGCGAAUUCAAAAUAUCGGUCUCAAGCCAUCUGAACAAAAGGAGCAGCUUGAUUAAAAAACAGAUGAAAGUUCAUUUAUAUAACAAAAGCUCAAGUAUUGAAAUAAGGGGAAUGUACGAGCAACAAUAACGAUCAUUAACGAAUGAAUUUUGCAAUCACAGAAUCGGUAAAGAUCGGGUGUAGUUCCUGCUGUACUUGUAGUAAAUUUUUGUUCGUAAUACAUUAAAGGAGUGCAAAGCUAUCGGAGACUUUUAGAACGUAUCAUCGGAGGUAUGAGCCUAAGCUUUUCUUAAAGACAAUGAACCAUCCUUUGAACCGCAAAGCAAAGCUUGCUCUGCAUCAAUCCAGCACACCGAAAGCGCAGAUUUUGUUGCGUCAGUGCCAUCGAGGCUCCAACUCUUGCUUGGUUUUUCAUAGCGGAAAACGUCAACUCCAGCACUGGUACUGGCAGCUAUAAGCCGAGACGAAAGGUUAAAGGCAAUGUUAACCGGCACAGAGCUAGCUUUGAGAGUAUGUGCAACCACUGCUUUGCGAAGAUCCCAUAUAGAAAUAUUAUCCGUUGUGUCUGUCGUCGCCAACCAGUAUCCAUUUUCAGCGAAGUUAAGCUGAGAUAUCGAGCCUGCCUGUGGGCCAAGAGUCGUGGCAAGCUCACCAGAAGCAGACAGGUAGAAUUCGAGCUUUCCAUUUUCACCACCUACUGCUAGCAAGUGACCAUCGGGAUGAAAGGCAAUUGCUCGUACAACAGAUUCGGGUUGUACGGUGUAUAGCGGACCCUCGUUCGAGCAAAUAUAGCAUUCAUUGUCACUUGCAGCGGCAAAGAAAGCACCACUCGGGUGACCAGCAACGCAACGGAUAUUUCGAGGCAGAGCCACUGUCAACUUGGGUAUUACAGGGGUUUCUGACUCUUUUAAGUCAAAUACAUACACAGCACUCUCAUCCAAGGCUGCCACCAAAACUUGUGUCUCGCCAAACCAAGCACAAGCAGCUGCCUUCGGUUCAAAGUGACACAUUACGGAAGCAGUGCUCAAGUUAAGGCAUGAGACAUUUUGACCCCGACGCACCAAAACAAUUUCGGGAUGUGCACCGUUGGGAAGGAUGUCAGAUACGGGUUGCUCCUGCUCACUUUUGGGAAAGUUAUGUAAGUUUUGGGUGCUUGCUGCAAGCAAGGUUUUUACUGCAUCAGCUGUAACCCAAGUUUUGCCAAACUUGCGCUUUUUACGAGCCUGUGUAAGCUCACGCAACGAGUGUUCGACAAUGGAACGUAGAUUAUCUUUUGAAAUUCCACCCGUUUGAGCUAUAGAAGCAGCAGCAGCAGCAGCUUCGGUAUCAACCUGCAUGCCUACAGGGGUACCAGCUACUGCUGUUCGACCGCCUAACGACUCAGAGAACUUGUACAACGCCUCACGUGCUUCAUCUCUUUCUUUUUCCAAACGUGAGAUGACUCUGUAUGCAGCAUCAAGCUUGUAAAGUGUAGAGCUCAAUUCUUGGCGAGUUUCAGAGAGAGUUUGUCGCAGCCGGAAUUGCUCAAUAGCAACCGAAUCCCAUUCCUCUUGGAACAAAGACAACAGAGCGGGUAACGAAGUUGCCGAAGGCGGUCUGGGUUGGACGAUCUUUGAAGCUUUCAAAUGUUAAUAUACCGGAUGAGAGUGACAUGACAUAUUCAGGACAUACCUUUAACGGGUAUCAGAUCAUCCACAGACAUUUCCUGUUGUGUAAUGGGAUCUUUUCCAUUUUCUUGAACGAGCUGCUCUACAAGACGACGCUCGAAUACAUUUCCUAGUGAGUGUUAGUAUGGGGAGUAACGCCGAACAAAAAUUGCGCGUAAUCAACAUACCACUAACUCGAGAAAUGACCGGCUCUCGGACAGCUUCUCCACUAAUAGCGCAGAACAUGGGAUAUCGAGAUGUGUAAAAAGAGACCUGUUUUUAGGUCGUUUAGGUAUCCUUCAAGUGUUUGCUGG